AUGCUUCAUCUUACGGAGCAAUCCCCAGUCGGACGACUAAGCUCAACAAUAUAUGCCGAGCCUGCCACACUUGCUUUUACCUCUGAUCGAUCCUUGCGGACGGUGAUGGGCCUACAUGUGAGGCCGCAACCACCACAUGGGAAGCACGGGAAGUGCUACCAGCAAAGGAUUCUCACGGUGCCGGAAGGUUCAUCGGAGUACAACAUUCGACAACUGUUUCAUCAGAAGCAAUUGGCGAAAAGAGAACAGUCAUUCGUGCGAUGCCGGCUGCAGGAGAAAGACCCAAUCUGCCAUACUCAACCCUGCUCGUGCGGCACCGAAGUUGCCAUGUCAGCUUACCCUUGCGGCAAGUCUGACAAUGAAGGGUUUCAGCAUUCUUGUUUCAGCGGACACAGUGAUCGAAUGAUUGGGCUGCCCAACUACCUACCCACCGCUGAUGUGCAUUCCCCGAGCAACAUUGCCAACUUGGACGGGGCAUGCGAUGAGCCGGACGAAGACUUAGCUACCGUCAUCAAGCGAAGCUGUAGCCUGUUGCCCUUACAUCCUCAGCCUGCUCGACUCUCGAAAGUCCGUUUCUUAUCCGAUGAAAAUCUCCGGUCCCGGGAAAACUCUCUACUUCCCAAUGACGCGCCUUCUCAGCAACAGAUAAAUGGUUUCACUAAUCCUUUCUCUGAGGAAGGCAGUAUUCAAUCCCGAAGAACUUCGAGUUCUUCUGACACCGCGGGUUACCUGCGCCCAAAUGCCUUUUCCGGUCAUCGCGACACCCUAGCGAGAUUGCCAUUAUCGGGCACAAUGCACAAGUGUAGUGGAAGCAUCUGGGCCACAGAAUCCACGUCCGACGAUUCGGAAUUUGCAGACGAGCCGUAUGAAUGCUACGGGUUUCGGGGCUCCGGGCCUAUCUUUCCGCGCCGUGUGAUUGUUCUACUACUCAGCUAUUUGUCUUUUGAGGACUACAAAAAUCUGCGGUUGGUGUGUCGUCGGUGGAACAGCGAACUUCCUCGGCCAAACUUUCCUGCUCUUUAUCGUAUACCCCGAGAGCUGCUUCAAGAAAUCUAUUCUUACCUAUCCCCUUGUGACUUUGAUGCAGCUCGGCACACUUGCAGAGCAUGGUACCUUGCCAGUCUCGAUGCGGGUAUUCAAAAGCUCAUGCUUCAACGCAAUGGUUGUCAGGACGCUUUUUCGGCGGAUAUUUGCUGCCUGAAAGAGGAUUCAUUUGGUUAUCCGCGUAAUUACAGCGAGACGGUCAGACAAACGCAAACGUUGGGCCCCAGCGUUUUCGGAAAGGAGUGGAUCUGUUCGAAAAGACUGGCUACAGAGAACAGGCUCUCGUCGCAGUGGCAGAGGACUGACUCGGGCAGUGGGGAUGGUAUCUCUAGACUCUUUUUAGUAAAAGAAGUGGAUUUUUCGGCGGUCCUGGACCAGCAAUCGGCGGAGGAAAGACAUAUGUUUACUGCUUCGGCAUGCGGAAACUUUGUCCUUGUUCUUCAAAACAAUGACAUCCUGGUAUACAGACUAUGGGAUACAGAGCAAGCACUGAAGCCAAUCGUUCGUCUCAUUGCUGGCACACAGGCCUUGGAGGUCAGUAUGGAUACCAGCUCAGAAAGGUACGCCGUCGCCGCCCUGCUUGAAGGUCGCAUUGGUAUGCUCUGGGAUAUCAGCGAGAAUACAUCAGACGUUCGGCGAGGCCAUGAAGUUGGCGAACCGCUGAACCUGGGUUUACAAACCGACAUCCAGAGUUCUGCCCGAGCUCCGACAUCACAGUUACUCCACGGUCACGUACCUGUGCGCUCCCAUGAAAUGCAUGCAGGCGCAGCUAACGGAUACUACGUUUCACCUUUAUCUCUGUUGAGGGGUACUUCUUCACCGGGAUUUGUCCCUAGUCCUCCGUUUAUGUGGGAUGAGCAUUUCCCUGGACAGAGUGGUACACACUCUGGAAGCUCUACGCAUGGUGAUUCAGACGAAGAAUCUGCCACUACCGGGAUACCAAUCCAAGCUCGGCCCACAGCAAUUUAUACCGAUCUUGGAAGCCCGGAGGACCCCCCACGAAGCGUGGCCAUCUGUCCCAAUCGGAAAUGUGUUGCAUUUGGUUGCCGCCUGGGCAUCGAACUUCACUGGGUUAACGCCCUGACUGGAGGAGACCUCAGUCGCUGGUUUCCCCUUGCGGCGCCUAGUGAUUAUCUCUACUUCUUGCCUCAGCGACCUGGCAUUGACUCGAGGAAGAAGCUGAGAUUAAUCUCUAGCGCUGCAGGGCCGAUGACCAGGCAUGCAAGCAAAGCUGAUGCUUCGACUUCCAGAUUGGUUAACACGCCGGCAUCUGCUGCCUACGGCCGGCGGCAGACAUUGACGAGGUUGUUCUUUGGCAAUCUGCCCUUUCCUACUUCCGCUACACCCGUUGGAAGCAGGUCUGAUCCGGAGAUGCCUACAGAGCGGGACGAAACCCAAGGCGUUCUGAGGACUGUGGAUUGCGAUCACUUCCGUGCAGUGCCGAUCAGUGACGGCUCUCACCUGCUCUUUACUGAUCCCUCAUCUGGACUUCUGUGCUUGGGCAGUGAUGCACCACUAGGAGGCCCGACAAAACUCGUUCGAAAGAUUAUGUUUAUGCCUCCGACGACGGAGUCAGUAGGCCCAAGUGUGCCUUUGGUCUACUCUGCUGGCAAGGCUCUCGAGUGGGGCUUGCGUGUCGUUUCGUUCUAUGCCAACGGGGAGCUUGUCCUGUUCAACGUCCCGUCUGACUUAUUUCACCAAAUUCAAGCCGAGCAGACCAGUUUUGACGCAUGGGACGGAAGCUCUACGAUUGGAGUCGAUCCAGCCCCGGCAACGUCCCCUGCCAAUGCCACUAGAAGCAUCUUCCCAGGCACUAUUUCCGGUGCUAGCCUUGCCUACGUCGGGCAGGAUUUUAUUGAUGAUCUUGCUGUUCAUACGCAGGGUGGUGGCUUCUCCCUGUGGGUAUUUUACCGAAGUGGCCGUGCUGAACUGUACCGCAUCUAUUCGCCUGGCCCAGCUCGAAAGAUACUGGAGCAUGUGGAAGGUGAUGGGUUGGUCUACGAGGAUACAUACGGCACCGAGGAAGACUCUCGCCAGAGCGAUGAAGGAGUUGUGUUGGAUUUGCAAGCUUCUUCGACUACUGGGCAUGUCAAAUGGGCCGGUAGACACACAUGA